AAUCUGGAAAGCUCUUUUUCCAGUUAUCUUCUUGAUAUAAUACCUCUAAAGCUCUUGCACACAGAAAAGAUAGCUGGUUCUUCUUGUGUCACUGUUUGCCAACAUACGUCUUUGAUCUCUGAGUGCAGAAGAGAUAUCACUUUCCUCAACCAAUAGGGAAAGUUUGAUCCCAGUGUGAAGAACUCUACCAAAGCCUCAGCUCUUCCCUACGAAGCAGACUGACAAUGUCAUGUUAACUGUCAAAGGGCAGAUGAGAAAGCUUCCCUUUUCAAUUAGAAUCAAAAUACCCGUGGCAGAAUCAUUAUGCAGACCUUUUCAGAACAGGAUGUGGAAACUGCUACGAGAUCUAUUCCACCUGGUAAAUCACCUGGACCUGAUGGCAUUACUGCUGGAUUCUAUAAAUCAACCUGGCCUAUCAUCAAGGAUGAUGUAGUCAUGACAGUGCUUAAUUUCUUUGAGAGUGGGAAGAUUUUGAGCCAAAUAAAUGCUACAAAUAUCGCAUUAGUACCUAAGGUCAGUAGUCCUAAUUCAGUAGGUGAUUAUAGGCCAAUUUCUUGUUGUAACGUGGUGUAUAAAAUGAUCUCCAAAAUUCUGACUCUGAGAUUAACUGAAGUCUUAGGGUUCUGGUUAGUCAAAAUCAGGCCGUGUUUGUGAAGGGAAGAUCAAUUAUUUCUAACUUCUUGAUUAGUCAGGACCUCUUGAGAAAUCAACAUAGAAAGAAUGGCCCUACUAGUUGUUUAAUGAAGAUUGACUUGAAAAAGGCCUAUGACUCAGUUGAUUGGGCAUUUAUCGAGACUUUAAUGCAUAUCUUGGACUUCCACCCUAAGUUUGUUUGUUCAAUGGGUCAGGCUAUGCCUGUCUACAGCCAGGUUUUCCAUUCUUAUUAAUGGACAGCUCAAAGCUUAUUUUGUGGAGAAAAGGGUCCUAAGACAAGGUGAUCCAAUUUCACCCAAUCUCUUUGUGCUGGUUAUGGAAUAUUUAACAAUGAAGCUAAAGGAGCUAGAAACCAAUGAGCUAUUCAGAUAUCACACAAAAUGCAGUGCUAUGAAACUAACUCACUAGGCAUUUGCUGAUGAUAUCAUGCUGUCAUCGUAAAGGUGAUGCAAUUUCCGCCCAUCCUGAUAUCAUGCUUUCAAAGGUGUUUGGCUUAGAGGUCCAUGCAAUAAAAGUCAUUUUUGGUGGCGUUGGUGAUCAUGUUCAAUGUUGCAUUAUAUAGAAGUUAGGGUUCGUGGAAAUGAAUCUUUCCUAUGAAGUAUUUAGGACUGCGCUUGGUGACUACAAGGCUAUCACUAGUGACAUGUCAACUAGUGAUAUGUCACUAGUGAUUGAGAAAGUACAGCAAAGGAUCAGCUCUUGCGUAACAAAAUUUUUAUCCUAUACAGGUAGAAUCCAGCCUAUCAAUUCAGUAUUGUUCAAUUUGUAUGAAUAUUAGAGUGGUGCUUUGUUACUGCCAAAGAAAGUUCUCGUUUGAAU